CAUGAUAAUGCACCGAUCCAUAACGCAGGAAAAAUCAAAGAAUUGUUAACAAAAAAUAAAUUCACGACUAUUAACUGGCCAGCGAAUUCACCAGACCUAAACCUAAUUGAGAAUAUUUGGAAGAAGAACUUAAAGAAGGAAUGGGAAAAACUUGAUCCUUCUGUUUUUGAAGAUGUUAUUUCCUCAAUGUCAAGAAGAAUUGAAGCAGUAUUUGAGUCAAAUGGAGGGUCAAUUAAAUAUUAA